AGGCUCAGCAAGCCGACGUGCCUGAUUGUGGCCAGCGCCGCUGUUGCAGGUGUAUCAGCUGACUCCUUCUUCCACUCUUUUACAUUGGCAAGCUCUGCUUUUAAUCUCCAAGUUGCUACCCCAGGGGGAAAGCCAAUUGAUUUUGUUGGAGUUAAUGAAGCAAACAUGCGUUGGAUCCAGGAUUUCCGUAUGAAAUCCUACGCAAAUCCGGCCAAGUUGGAAUCAACUGAUGGUGCAAGAUACCACGCUUUGUUGAUCCCUGACUGUCCUGGUGCCUUGACAGAUCUAGCAAACAGUGGCUACUUAGCUAGAAUAUUGCAGCAUUUCAGUUCGGAGAACAAGCCUAUUUGUGCUAUUGGAAAUGGAGUUGCUGCGUUAUGUUGUGCCACAAAUGAAGACAAAUCCUGGGUGUUUCAAGAAUACAGCUUAACAGGGCCUUCUGUCUAUGAACUAGUAAGACUUCCUAGUUUUGCUAGUUUGCCCAUUAUUGUUGAAGAUUUUUCAAAAGAUUCUGGAGCUACCUUUAGUGCCAGCAAGGCAGAUGCAGUUCAUGUAGUGCUUGAUAGGCAUCUUGUCACUGGACAAAACGAAAAUUCUACUGUUACAGCUGUGCAGAAUCUUAUUUUUCUCUGCAAUGGCAGCAGAAAAUGAAACAUCCCUGUGAAUGAGCAGAAUAAACGAACACGGAAGAGUUCUUUGGCUUGUGAAAAUAUGUAGUCUUUCAUUUAUCAACCAGUAGAAAAGAACACAGCUGAUUUCUAAAGUUGGUAUUUUGUAACUCAUGAACAAGUAAGCUGAUUUUGAAAAACAGUAUUCUUAAUUCAAAUAGUAAAGCCUGAUAUCAGAUAUAACAGUAACCAUAGAUGCUCACUGGGUAUAUGAGUCUAAGAAUAAUAUAUUUUCUCCUACCUGCAUAAACUAAGGGGAAAUUGAUUUGAAAGCUUUCAGUCACAAUUCCCUGUGUUUCUGAACUUCAACUGUGGUCUGUUUAAACCAUUGCUUCUUAGCUACAUUUCCCAUUGUGCCUGACCUGGUCAGAUCCAAUGUAAGAUCUGUGCUAAGCCUGUGCGAUGUUGUAAUCUGAUAAGUCAAGACUGAAUCUGUUAGUUCCAUGUUACCAUUUCAGAUAAUUGUGAGUUAGGUUUCAAGCUAUAUGACUAAAUAUAUUAUUGUGAAGGUUACAGUGAGUGAUAUUACUAGUAACAGAAGUGGUGAACUUAAAAAAAGGAACAAUUGACUGUAAAAAUAUUUAAUUUUACAAUGGGAUGGGUUAAUUUUAUUUAAUGGAGAUAGUUGGUGUCUUCCAACUAUGUGGUUGGAUCAUUUGUUGUAGCAUGACAAUGGUGGCUCAUUUAUUUCGCCUACUAUAGAAGAAAGUUAUCGGACUAAAUUUUACUUCAGUUUUUAUUUGCUUGUGUCAUCUAACACAUGAUGAUGGUGAUCAGCCAUAUUCGUGUAUGUAAGUCUUCAAUUUUAUUCUUAAAAUAAAUCAUUGGCAAUAUGAAGGUUUCAUACUAUCAUUAAUUAUAUUCAAGCUGUAGAUCUUAUUUACUAAUGAUAGAAAUGACACCCUACCUGCAUAGAUUAUGUACAGUACAAUUUUGACUCAGGACUGAAGCAGUACUUGAGAUUUUCCUGUGAACCACAAAACUAGCCGACGCCUGUAGCCUACUGCAAAUCUAUCCCAUAUGGUUACUGUAUGGUUCAGUAUGUUAUGUAAACUCAAACAAUUUAGUUGGGUAACACAGACACAAUCACAGAGUAGUUUUACUAUAUAGCACAGGAACCAGAGGAAGAAUGCUUUCCAUUACAGGUUUUUUUUUUAAAGCAGACUAUUUUCUCCAGUGCGCUUGCAUGCAACACCAAAGAAAAGCAACUUUUCCAGAAUUACAGAACCUAAAAAGGUAUUGCAAUAAUAUCUGCACUCUGGUUUUUUAGAUUCCACUAUAAUAGCCAAGGCAGGAAUCAUCUGCAUUUUGUAGAAAUUGUUCCAUUGUUGCCAAGUGGACAGCUCAUGGGGGAAAAAAACAAUUCAGAAAGAGAAGGUUUCUGAUGUAUUAGUCCCAAGCUGCUAUCAGCAAUUCUUCAGAAUUACUACAAAACACCUCUUCCUUGUAGAAAAGAAUAUUAUCAGUUAAUAGAGCAGUAUAAAAAUAUAAGGACUUAAUCUACACUCAGAUUAUUAUGGGAAAAUAGAAGUGCUGAAUGAAAUAUAUGAAUUCUUUCUUGAUUCGUGCUUCCAUUAGAUACCACCACUGUACUCUUAAACCAGAACUGUGCCAAACUGGGACUCCCUCGAUCCCCAGUAUUUCCCUUAGAAUGGAAGUUCUGUUUUAUAUCUGACAGGGUUCAAUGCAGAGAUACAGUGUAUUAUUAAUGGCCAUUUGAAAAGGACUCUGACACUGAUUGGAACUUAAUUUAAAAUGGGGGAGUCAGUGAAGGUGUUCAGUGCAGCUGCAGAAUUGCCUCAGGUUCUGAGAAAAGCCAGUUUCAGUUUAAAGUUUAGGCAUGUGGGGAAACAGCAAACAGGAGUAUUACCCAGGCCAAAAAAAA